UCCCUUUAAAGUAAAUAAUAAUUAGAAAACAUGAAGGAUUCCCUCCAGGUGUUACAAACCACCACUUAAAACAAGUUUAUAAAAUUGACAAUCACAACAAUCAAAUGAAACUGACAAUUUAAGCACCUGCAAAAACACAAAAGGCUUGUAAAAUCCCAUUAUAAGCUAUACAGUAAUAAAAAAUAUAUAGCGUACCACUGCCCACAAGUAAAGAUGAACAGCCAAAUAAACUGCAAAAAACCACAAAAAAGCACAACAAAUACAAUCACAAACCCUGUUUUUGACUAAGCCCUAUUCUUUUAGUUGUUCUUAGAGUCAUUAAGCUGAACUUAAUGCUAUCACCUAGCCUUGUACAUUAUCACACCAAAACAAGCAUUAUUAGUCCUCACAAAAGCUUUAUGAAUUUCCAUGACAUAGCAUUAUAUUUGAAAGCUGCUGAAAUUCCCCCAUAGGCUGCAAAAGAGAGGCAUGCUGUUUCACUGCCAAUACAUUUCCCUCAAAAGAACAACAAUCACAGGAAUGUGCUUCCAGGUCAAUCUUUGCUAAUGAAGGCCAAAAAUCCUUACAUGGGCAGAAGCCAGCUAGAAUCCAGCCAAUACUCCGGGGGCCCGUACACAGCAAUGCCCCACUAGAACCCAGCAAAUACUCUGGAGGCCCCGUACACAGCAAUGCCCCACUAGAGCCCGGUCAAACCAAACCUGGUUAAGCUUGCCUGGUUUUACAGUGAAUUAGUACCCAACCACAAGCCAUGACAUUAACCAGCAUGAACAGUGAACAGAGAACUAUAAUAACUCUAAUUAUGCAGACAUCCACACCCUGUUUGAUUUAUGUUAACAUAAUUAUCCUCAGCUAUAGCCGACAUCUACCAACUGCAAGAGAAAGAGCAUUCUGAUGAGGGCAGAAAAGCAUUGCUUUGUGACGUAGAUCAUGAUGUGAAAUCUUUUGAGACACAAAUGAGUUGCUGCGGCUGAUUAAUUGUUGUUACAGCAGCGGCCAUGUUUGAGCUGGGGCCUGUCAGAGUUUUCAACAGGAAGCACGCCGGCAGGGCUCGCCGCCGUCACACUAUGCGCGCUGAGCUGAACAACUCUUCCCACAGGCCCACUGGCGCUGGCACAAUCAGCGCCCACAAGGAUCCGACGUGGAGCGAACACAAGGGCCCACUGCUUGAGGGGCGGGGUGCCUGGACUGCAGAUGGGACAGAUGGGAACUUCGCAGCAGAGAGACUGACAAUGUCCAUUUCUGAGCUCCUGAUCAUGUGACCAGUGUGGAACACAGGGUGCGGCGAGCUGCAUGGACAGGCACCAGGUGGUGGGAGUGCUGCGUCAGAUGGAGAAGUUCCUGAAGGGGCAGGAGAUGCGAUUCACCGAAGGGCUCCGGAUCAUGAAAUCCAAACUGGCGGCCCUGCAGAGCUCGGUCUCCAGGCUCCCCCAGGCCGACCAGUACUUGGCUCCCUCUACCUGCCCUUCCCUUGACGCCCCGUCCCACGGAAGGAAAUUUGGCUCUAAGCACCUGAUAGGCCACGAGGUCCACUUCGCGUGUCACACGGGGUAUCAGCUGGUGGGUCCGGCCACACGCGUGUGUCAGGAGAACGGCACCUGGAGCGGGGUGGACACCGCCUGCAAAGACAUUAGUGAAUGUGCCAGUAACCCAUGUCAGAAUGGAGGCACCUGUGUGGAGGGGCUCAGCCAGUACAAGUGCAUCUGCCCACAGAACUGGAGUGGGUCCCACUGCCAACACCAAACCCAGACAGCGCCGCCGGAGUGGAGCGUGAUGAACGACCCGGCCUUCAGCCGCAAGCCGCGCUGCGCCAAGGUGGACCACGCCCAGCACUGCAGCUGCGACGCCGGCUUCCACAUGAGCGGCACCUCCGACAACACCAUCUGCCAAGACGUGAACGAGUGUGAGGUGUACAAGCAGGACCGGGGGAUCAAGCUCUGCGUCCAUGCCUGCGUCAACGUUCCGGGGUCCUUCCACUGCUCCUGCCCCGAGGGCUACAAGCUCCUGCCCAACGGCCGCAGCUGUGAGGACGUGGACGAGUGCCUGUCCCAGCAGCACAACUGCACCCACGGCACCACCUGCAUCAACACAGGGGGGAGCUUCCAGUGCGUCAACCCGGAGUGUCCCCGUUCCCACGGCAACGUCAGCUACGUCAAGACCUCAGCCUUCCAGUGUGAGCGUAACCCCUGCCCCAUGGACAGCCGCUCCUGCCACCUGGCGCCCAAGACCAUCUCCUUCCACUACCUGUCCCUGCCGUCCAACCUGCAGGCGCCCGCCACCCUGUUCCGCAUGGCCACGGCGGCCGCGCCGGGCCGCGCCGGGCCCGACAGCCUGCGCUUCGGCAUCGCCGGCGGCAACGCCAAGGGCCUGUUCGUCAUGCAGCGCUCGGACCGGCAGACGGGGGAGCUGAUCCUGGUCCAGGCCCUGCGCGGGCCCCAGGACGUGGCCGUGGACGUGGACAUGUCCGAGUACUCGGACCGCGCCUUCCAGGCCAAGCACGUGGCCCGGGUGCACAUCCUGGUCUCGCCUUACGAAUUCUGAGCUCCGCUCCGCCCCUGAGAGAGAGAGAGAGAGAGAGAGAGAGAGAGAGAGAGAGAGAGAGAAAGAGAGAGAGAAUAUUCCUACUGCCUCAAUCACUCACCCGUUUGCCCUCUCACCCCAUGUACACACACACACACACACACACAUAUAUCCCACAGCUCAGGGCUGAAAGAAAGGUCUUUUUGUCUUGACCUCCCUCAAGCCCAACAGAGAGAAGCAGGUUCUGAGGGGUCCAGUCAGCUGGAUCAGAGAGGGUAGAGAGCUGGGUCUAAGCGAGAGAGAGGGGUCUGGUUCGGUCUGGUCUGAUCCCCAUAACGCCAUGGAGAGAGAGAAUGGCUGAUCACCAAGACGACGGUGAGGUGAGAUCACUGGCACGGAGAAAAUGAGCAAGGCAGGUAAAUCACAUGUUGAGAACAAACCAGUUGGUAUAUGAACUAAUGUAACAGUAAACAUUUUUUGGUUCCUAAGAAACCAAACUUAUCCUAAUUUUGAUUUGUUCAGGUGUGGGCUUUAGAGUUGCCUCAGAGUCCUGAGGUUCUGUACUUGGAUGUGCACUGCCAUUGGUAGAACCGAGAACUUGAGUCCCGCCUUCCACACAUAAACACACACAUAACAAGCACCAUAGAUCCUAUUUAUCGAAAUAUUUUUUGUACAUCUGUAAAGUGUGUUGUCCUUGUCUUUUGUCAUGUCAGUUUGUUUAUUCUUUCUUGCUUCAUCGUUCAACCAAACUGCAGGAGCAAAUCAUGUUAAGCUUACUGUAGAGUAAUACUGUGGACACACAUCUGUUAUAUUUUUUGUGAGUGAUACUGUAGAAAAAUUACUAGAUAUUAUUUUAACAGUAAUGGCACCAUAACUACAGUCUGAGGCUCUUGCUGAUGCAGUAUGUAUCAGGUAUCUGACAUCAUAACCCAUCGCUUGACGGUGUGCCUUAUUAAUAUCUCUAUUACUUGUUGCACAUGAAUGUUUCUACAUAACUGUAAUAAAGCCAGCACUAUAGUUGUUCUUUUUUA